AUGUGUUUCGGCGAACAAACCGAGAUCGAGUGCGACAUCUGUGAUAGCAUUACCGUUCAAGAGAUAAUUUGGCUUGGUUGCCAUGCUCAGGACUUGGACGACGACUCAUAUACAUGCUGCCCGAAGCCUCUGAUAUGCACGAAAUACCUCACCAAACCCUGUCUGACAUGCGUUUUCGAAACAGUUGAAGACAUCGAUACCGACGAUGAACAAGCCGACUAUCCUGAUCAUCCUGGCUUUCCCACCGAGGGCCUCAAGCAUGUGAUUCAAGUACCGGUAGGCCCAGUUGAUUUGCCAGCACCCACUGACUUUAAGACUAUAGAAGCUCUAGAAAACCUCGCAGGUCCCACCGAUGAAUUACCUCGUUACGAGGAUAUACCACACGAUGUCCCUCCUCCAUCUUGGGAAUUGAGUGAGAUUCGCGAGGACGGUCGUCAUUCCGAAGUUAUCGACAAGGCAAUUGAGCUCUGGCAAAGUUACAUCACAACGGUGCGCGUCCAUAUGGCGCGUCUUGAGAAACUCUACUGGCGUAUCACUGUUGCAGGAUCUCUUGCAUACAUCAAAGUGGACUUUGCUGAGGAAUUGAUCAAGUCGUGCAUGCUGGACGCCGAGGACUCCAUCACUCGUAUCAAGUUCCUCGACGAGACUCUUUCUGAUCUCAAGAGACAAUCCGAAGAAGAAUGGUUCAUGCAAAGUCCUACGGAGAGAGAUUGCUUACAGCAAAAGAUUAAUGCAAUCGUCAGGGAAUUGCAGGAUUAUCUGGAGCAGUUUGACCUGUUCUUCUUCGUGGAUUAUGAUUUAGAUUGGGAUAGAAGGCUUGAAUGUCUGGAGCAAGAUAUCGCUGAUCAUAUCGAUGUUGAAAACUCCGAGAAGUUUCUGAACGAAUCGAGGAACUGGAGAUCUUGCAGUCCGCUGGACACUGAUACCGAGAUCGUUGAGAGAUUCUUGAACGAAUCGAGAAGUUUGGGAUCUUGUAUUCUACCAAACGCUGAUGUCGAGAUCUCUGAGAGAUUCUUGGAUCAGUCGAGAGAUCUGAGAUCUUGUUGGUGUACGUAA